AUGUCUGAAAAAAAGUGUUCAAGUGCGGGGCUUCCCAAAUUAAUUGAUAAAAAAGAAGAUGAUCCCAAUGCAACGCCCUCCUUGUAUAGAAUAGGUCGUGGACGAGGUAGUGGAUUCAAAUCUCUUGCGCAAUUAAGAGAUGCACUUAAUAGUUCUACGACUUCAAACACCUUAAGUGAAUCUACAACAGAACAUUUAAAAAAGCUUGGAUCUCCAAAACUUUGUGAUAAAUUAACACCUACCACAAAUCCAAAAACAGAAACGGAAGCCACAAAUCCAGAAACGCAAUCAUUCGCAACCACUUCAAACACGUUAAGUGAAUCUACAACAAAGCUUUUAAAAAAGCUUGGAUCUCCAAAAAUUGAUGAUAAAUCAACCACUUUCACCAAUCCAGAAACGGAUACCAAAAAUUCAGAAACGGUUAUUAAAAGAGAAACAUCAAUUAAAUCGGAUAUAACAGUUGCAUCCACUGCCAAUGUGGUAGUCUCUACGAAAGAAACGACCCCAGUUAUUAAAAGAGCAACGCCAACAGAAUCGGAUAAAAUAGUUACAUCCACUGCCAAUUAUAUUCGACUGAAUGUGGACCCAGAAAAAGGAGUGUAUGAAUACGACGUACGUUUCAAUCCAAGCGUUGACAAUCGCAAUUUAAAAUUACAAAUUUUAGAGAAAUUUUUCAUAAGUCCAUUAAAAAUUUCCGACGGUAAUGUCUUUUAUUUACCAAUUCGAUUAAACAUAACAAAUUUUUCCGGAAAACAUCCCGUAAACGGAGUUCCAAUAACAAUUAACAUGACUCUGAGGCGCAAGCUAAGUUUAGCCGAAUGUACGCCUUUAUAUAAUAUUUUAUUUCGACGUAUUUUUAAACUCUUACAAUAUGUUCAAUUCGGACGAAAAAUGUUUAAUCCGGCCGAAUUUCAUCGUUUAAACCAGCAUAAACUGGAAAUAUGGCCAGGAUAUGUAACCGCUGUUGAUGAGUACGAAGAUGGAAUUAUGUUAUGUAUCGAUUGUAGUCAUCGAGUACUUCGUACGGAUACAGUUCGAUCGUAUCUAGUGGAAUGUAUUUCCGUAGCACAUCGUACCGGCCGCUCAUUUAAACAAGAAGCGGAAAAGGCUUUAAUUGGCCAAGAUAUAAUUACUAGAUAUAAUAACAAAAUAUAUUGCGUUGAUGAUAUUUUAUGGGAUCAAAACCCAUCGGGAAAAUUUCAAACUCGCGAUGGUUCGGAAAUUUCUUACAUUGAAUAUUUUAAAAAUUAUCACGGGAUUGAAAUCCAAGACGUAAAGCAACCAUUACUAGUCCACAAACGGCCAAACGAUACCUUGCUUUGUCUAAUCCCAGAAUUAAGUCACAUGACAGGUUUAACGGAACAAAUGAAAAAAGAUUUUGUGUUAAUGAGAGAUCUAAACGCCGUUAUGCAAAUAACACCGGAUGUACGAAAAAUGGCGAUUCAAAAAUUUCUAAAUAGUGUUCGGAAUAAUUCCGAAGCACAAAAAUUACUUAAUUUAUGGGGGCUAAGUCUUGAAUCCAAAACAAUUAACUUAGAAAUGAGAAUUCUUCCAGCCGAAAACAUUCUGUUUGGUGGAAGCAAAUGUGUACAGGGCUCAUGGAAUGCUGAUUGGUGUAGAAGUAUCCGUGAAAAUCGAUUAAUUUCUGCUAUAGAUAUCCAAAAAUGGUACGUAAUCUUCACACCAGGGGACAGAAUCAAGGCUGAAAGCUUUACAGAUAUGCUUCUGCAAGUUUGUGAUCCAAUGGGUAUGCGAAUAUGCCCUCCACAAUUGAUAUGCUUACAAAAUGAUGCUACCGAAACUUAUGUACAAAUGCUAAAUGAAAUUAUUCAACCCGAUGUACAAAUUAUCGUACUUUUAUGCCCCCGAAUAAGGGAUGAUCGUUAUUCCGCGAUUAAAAAAAUAUGUUGUGUGGAUAAACCAAUUCCGUCGCAAGUGAUUCAAUCGCGAACAAUUAAAUCUAAUCUAAAACAGCUUCGACCUGUCGUACGAAAUAUCGCGUUAAAAAUGAAUUGUAAACUUGGUGGUCAAUUAUGGUCUAUAAAUUUUCCAAAACACAAUUGGAUGAUUUGUGGUAUCGAUGUUUAUCAUGACAAUCGAUCGAGAUCAAGGAAAAGUGUGGUUGGAUUUGUGGCAUCUAUGAAUCAACAAAUUACCAGAUGGUUUAGUCAGGUUGCUUUCCAAACCAAAACCGAAGAAUUAUGUAGCGCGUUAAAAGCAUUAUUUACAAACGCGUUAAAAAACUUUUUUAACGUUAACGGCAACUGGCCAACACAAAUUUUCAUUUUUCGAGAUGGAAUCAGCGAUGGUCAACUAAAAUUUUCUAAACAGUAUGAAAUACCACAAUUAAUGGAAGCGUUGAAAAUUAUCUGGAACAGUAAUAUUUGUCGACCGGAUCAGAUGCCAAAAUUAACUUUUAUUGUUGUUCAAAAGCGGAUUAAUACACGAUUAUUUUUACAAGAUAAUGAAAAAAAUCCCCCACCAGGUUCAAUUAUUGAUCAUACAAUUACACGACGAGAUUGGUAUGAUUUUUUCCUGAUUCCACAAUGUACACGACAAGGGACUGUAUCCGUCACACAUUAUGUGGUUAUCGAAGAUCAGAGUGGGAUGAGUGUGGCGCAUAUACAACAGUUAGCCUUUAAAAUGUGUCACAUGUACUAUAAUUGGUCUGGAACUAUAAGUGUACCUGCUCCAUGCCAAUAUGCCCAUAGAUUAGCGUCUCUGGUUGGCACUUACAUUCACAAGAUUCCCGAUGAAAAGUUGGCUAAUCGUCUAUAUUAUAUUUAA